GCAAUGGUUCGCAACACUGCGGCACCCGCGACUCAGGAGAGUGGCGAGGGAUUGAAUCGCCUGCCGGGCGGUGGUCCUACUGGCAAGGCACCCCUUGUCCGUGCCCUGCGUGCGAAGCAGCCGGACGUUCGCAAGGUUGCGGGCGCCUGGCUCGAUCGUUUUGCUUCGGACCGCCACGCCGCCGUAGCGGAGCUCUUGCAGCUGAUCCUGGUUGUUGCCGACCUACCCUCGCAGACCACCAUCGUGAAGGAGGAUCUCCAGGACCGCGAGCCGAGUGAAGUAGUCACGGAGCUCACGGCCAGCCUUGCGCUGGAGGCGUCCGAGCGAGGGGCAGACUACACGCAGCACUGGCUCGUGUCGCGCGAGAAGGGUGCUCAGAGGGUCCGCGAAAACUACCCGGCCAUCUGGCGCGAGCUUGUCCUGGCGCCUCCCGUCGACGUCCUCGUGCGGAGCUUGUUCCAAGUGCUCAGAGCCUGGACACAGGCGUUUUCCGAGUGUCAGUUUCGAAGCAUCCGGCACGCCGCGGUGGUCGCCGGUUUGGCGCUGGUGGAGGGAGUCAGCGAGCAGUGCAGCCAUCAAAGCGAGUGGGUGAAGACCGCCGAGACGCGCGUGAAGGAGCUGCGGGGGGCUCCGCUGGCUUCGCUGCAGGCUGAGCUGGAUCACACAAGGUCGGGCUUGCAGAGUCUGCAGACUGCUCGGGACAGCCUUGCCGAGACGCUGCUCAGCCGCCGAAGCAAGGAUAUGGACCCCGAAAUCCGGAAAAGCUGCGUGGAGGCCCUUGAUCGCUGGACCAAAUCCGACACUCAGGCCUCCCGGCAGGCGGCGUGGAAGCAAUACCUGCAUUGGGCGACCAGCGAUCCCGAUGCAAAGGUGCGAACCGCUGCGCUGGCAGCGCUCACGGCGAUGCUUCGAGCAGACCCGGGAGCAGAGGAGAUUCAGUCUCUGGCAGAGGAUGUCCGUCUAAAUGUAAUCAAGCGCUGCAACGACGUGGACGCCUCCGCAAGCGCCGCUGCGCUGCGCUGCGCCGUGGUCUUGGCCGAGCUUGGAAGCCUUCCAGAGGACGAGUUCGACCCCAUUGUGGACCUUAUCUGGGACAAAGAU